AUGGAGGACGAGAGCAAAGUCAAGGCGGCGAUGCCCCGCCUCGCAGCCCGAGACAAGAGGCUCCGGGAGCAGGGCAAAGCGGAAGGCGACAACGAAGAAGACAAGUCUCAGUAUCGAGACAGGGCCAAGGAGCGCCGCGAGGCCUUCAACCAGCCGAAGAAGCCGGUUCCCCAAGCAGUGAAGCAAAAACCGGCCAAGGCGGAGGGCUCGUCGUCGUCCUCGACGCCAGCGGCUCCCACGGCGCCUGCUCCCUCCAAGGGCUCUGCCAUGCUCGCCAAGAUGGGAUGGGCGGGCCAGGGCCUAGGGGCGAAUGGCGAGGGUAGAACCGACAUCAUCGUCACCAACGCAUACCAAGAGGGCGCGGGACUCGGGGCGGAAGGAGCCAACUUGGGAGAUGCCGGGGAGCUGGCGCGACGGAGGACCAAGAACGAUUACGGAGAGUACCUGUCGACGGCGCAAGAAAAGGCCAGGGAGCGGUACAAUCGGCUGAAUUAG